AUGACAAGAAACAUUGAAAAAUUGAAAGAUACUUUAUCAUUAAUAUCACAUUUAAGAAAAUUUGUCAUUCUAAAAUUCACUCCUGAUGUAUUAAGUGUUAUACUGGUAAAUGGUGGAUCAGUGCAGCUGGAACCCCAAAUAAAUAUUGAUUUAUUAUUACAAACUUUAAAAAAUUUUGAUAAAGCAAACAGUGAAGGAUUGAAUAUUAGAUUACAGAGAACUGAAACAAAUGGUGAAGCUGGAGCUGCCGCCAAAACUGGUAGAACAGCGUCUCUAGCAUUAUUUUAUUCAAAUUUAAAUAUCAAUUCAAAUGUUAUUAAUCAUACCUUUAGAAUUCCGGUUAAAAUAUUAAGAGAGGCUCAAGAUAUACUACAUGAGCCAACCCACUCGGAUAUAGGAUUGAUUAUGAGGUUACCAAAUGAAUUUAUCUCCAUGUUUAAAAGAUUAGAUAAAUUUAAAAAAACUCAAAAUGAUACUGUUUUGAUCCAGGCUAGUAUGAAUGACGGCUUACUGUUUAUUCUAGAAGAAGAAGGUAAAUUUAAAGUUACACUUAGCUGGAAUAAUAAAUUGGAAGUUCAUAAGCCAAACAAUCCUGAUGCGGAAUCCUUAAGAGAAUCCCUAAGAAAUUCACAAGGUAUGACAAACAAUACUCAAGAUAAUAAUGAUGCUUUCCCAAAUGAGCUAGAUUCUAACGUUAAACUAAGAGAUUGGCAGCUGGCUUCAAAAUUAGUUGGUAGGUGUAAGACAGUGAUAUUAUAUAUUGCAGAAAGAGAAUGUAGUCUACAUUGUCUAUUAGAUGAAACUGAAGAUGUUGAAAUGGUCUAUUUUAUAAAUAGCGUAAGAGUUGUAUAA